GCUCAAUUUUUAUAAAAGUAAAAUGGUGUAAUUAUUCGCUAAUGAAAGUCAAUUUAUACUAAUCGAAUUUGCAUAAACAACUUUUGAACUGUUACAUUACACUGUAACAUAGUACUUCGACAACUUUGGACUUGUUUUUCCUUAAAAAUGACUAUCGAAUGCAACAAGGACGAUGCAGAUCGAUGUAUAGAAAUCGCUCAAAAUGCUUUAUCUGCUGGAAACAUUGAAAAAGCUGAGAGAUUUCUGUUAAAAGCUGAACGUUUGUAUCCUACAGCACGCGCCAAAGAUCUGCUUAAUCGUCUUAGAUCUGCGGGAAAUACGGGCACUGCUCCUAAACGAAGUCCGCCUAAUUCCCCUAGUGCUGAAGAUGUUAGGCGCAGAAAGGCUCCUUCACAUCAACCACCACAAAGGGAAUACACUCAAGAACAAUUGGAGGCGGUCCGCAGGAUCAAAACUAAAUGCAAGGAUUAUUAUGAAAUUUUAGGUGUAUCAAAGGAAGCCACAGACUCUGACAUAAAGAAAUCAUACAAGAAGCUUGCUCUACAGCUGCAUCCGGACAAGAAUCAUGCACCCGGAGCUGCUGAGGCUUUUAAGGCAAUCGGCAAUGCAGCAGCGAUCCUCACGGACCCCGAGAAGCGCAAACAGUACGACUUGCGUGGCGAGGAGCCCGCACACAGCCCGCACCAUCACCAGACAUAUUAUGCACGAGGAUUUGAAUCAGAUCUCACUGCGGAGGAACUGUUCAACAUGUUCUUUGGUGCUACCGCGUUCUCUGGCGGCGGCCCAACAGUAUACAGCAGACGACGAGCGCGGGAACCUGAGCCACGCGACUCUCACACCAGCCUGGUGCAGCUGCUGCCUGUUGCGGUGCUCGUGCUGCUCUCCAUGAUGUCUGGCUUCUUCAUCAGUGAACCAGUCUUCAGUCUCACUGCAAACUCUAAGUACCCCGUGCCACGGGAGACUGUUAACUUGAAGGUACCAUAUUACGUGAAGGAGAACUUCCACACUGACUACCAGGGCUCUGUGCGUCGACUUGAAAUGGCUAUAGAAGAGGAGUAUAUAGUCGGUCUCCGUCACGCGUGUCAACGAGAGCGCAACUACCGCGACAGCAUGACAUGGAAGGCCCGCAACUUUGGUGACACGCGCCAGUAUCAAGAAGCGCAGAAGUUGCGCACGCCCAGCUGCGAGAAGCUGCAGAACUUGCAGCGGUAGACCUGCACCAGCUGUAUGUAUAUCAGUCAUGACCAAUCAUGAUCCAUCAUGACCGGUCAUAGUUACGUCACGACGAAUCACGGAUUAGUCAUUGGAUUUAUUAGUCAUGUAAUAAAAUAAUAAAUCUAUAUAUAUUAAUUGGAGUGUUUGUAUGUAGCAAACAAAUGCCACUUGACAUCAUGCGGUGGUGGCAAACUUAAUUGGUAACCUUUUGAAAACAAGUCAUAGAUUUCAGUUAUAGCGGCGACAUGAUUUCGUUAAAUGACAAAUAAACUUACCAUAGACAUUUAUUAAAAGUUUUUUUCAGGCCAAAAAGUUCGGUUAUAAAGUCAGUCAUGACUAAUCAGUGAUUUGACGUGAUUGGUGACGGUGAUCAUUAUCUUGCAUUGUUUUAAAUAUCAGACUUUACUGCGUUAUAAAAGGCGGUAUUCUGUAAGUUUUUUCUUGCAUCACAAUAAAUAACUUAUGAUUAAAAAAGAAUGUUACUUAUCGUGAAUUUUAAUUUCACACAUGUUUAAAAAUGUCCCUAUUAUGUCUAAGGGAAGAAAAGAGAUAUCAUUAUUAUAUUCCAAGUAUAGAUUUAUUUGUAUUUAUGAAUUAAAAGUUGAUUCCCGUCGCAUUUGUGUCACUGACAAAAUCAGUGACAAGAAAGAUAUAAGGGUUUGUAUUUUAAUUUAUUUCAUUAGCCAAAUAUAUAAAGAAAAUUAUAUGAUAC